UUAUAAGUUUCCUCUCCGAUCACUCUCUUCUCUGCUCUUCCCAUCAAUUACCUCCCUUAUUAUCCCCGCCUUCUCUCUCUUCCUCUCUUUUUAACCGUUAACUCUCAUUACAGCUACCUAAUCAAAUUUUCAUCACUCCAGAAAUUAACUUAAAAAUCCUGAAAAUUUCCACCAUUAAAUCUCAAAAAUGAAGAAGCAGAGAACAUCUACAAUGGCGAAAACUUCAUCUUCUUCACCAUCCUCACCGUCUUCACCGUCAACUACAAAUGUGUUCGAUCUGAUUAGUGAAGAACUCGUGUUCAUCAUCCUCGAUUACCUCAACGACAACAAUCCGCAAGACAAGAAAUCAUUCUCUUUAGUAUGUAAGUCAUUCUACUCAAUUGAAUCAAAGCAUCGACGAACCCUAAAGCCUCUCCGCUCCGAACACUUACCUUCGGUUUUGAAUCGCUACCCCCAAAUUUCAACCCUAGAUUUAACUCUUUGCCCCAGAAUCACCGACUUUACUCUCUCCGUCGUCGCUACCACUGCCUGUGUUAACACGUUGCGUUUUGUUGAUUUGUCGCGGUCUAAGUUUUUCACCGGGAAUGGUCUGGCGGCGUUGGUGGCGAGUUGCCGGAGUUUGACGGCGUUGGAUUUGUCUAAUGCCACGGAGUUGCGUGAUUUGGCCGCUGCGGCGAUUGGGGAGGCGAAGAAUCUGGAGAAGCUGUGGUUAGGGAGGUGUAAAUUGAUUACUGAUAUUGGGAUUGGGUGUAUUGCUGUUGGAUGCCCUAAAUUGAAGAUUAUUGGCUUGAAAUGGUGUUUGGGAAUUGGUGAUUUGGGUGUUGAGUUGAUUGCUGUUAAGUGUAAAGACCUCCGCACUUUUGAUCUUUCCUAUUUGCCGAUCACAAGUAAAUGUUUACCAGCUAUAUUGAAGCUACAAUAUCUUGAAGAGUUAAUUCUAGAAGGAUGCUUUGGGAUUGACGAUGAUAGCCUCACCUUGUUGAAGCAAGGAUCCAAGUCGCUGAAGACUCUCGACAUAUCAAGUUGUCAGAACGUGAGUGACACCGGCCUAUCUUCAUUAACGAGUGGGAUUGGCUGUCUGCAGCAAUUAACUUUAGCAUAUGGUUCUCCUGUCACUCUUGACCUUGCUCGUAGUUUGCAGCGGCUGUCUAAAUUGCAAUCAAUCAAACUUGAUGGUUGCCUAGUUACAUGUUCUGGUCUUCAGGCUAUUGGGAAUUACUGUGCUUCACUACGGGAGCUGAGCUUGAGUAAAUGCUCUGGUGUGACGGAUGAAGGCUUGUCCUCCUUAGUUAAGAAACAAAAGGAGCUCAGGAAGUUAGAUAUUACUUGUUGUCGGAAGUUAACCUGCGUAUCUAUUGCCCAUGUUGCCUAUUCCUGCACCUCUCUCACUUCUCUCAGGAUGGAGUCUUGUACUCUCGUUCCUAGGGAAGCCUUUGUUCUGAUUGGUCGGAAAUGCCAUCUACUCGAGGAGCUUGACCUUACUGAUAAUGAGAUAGAUGAUGAAGGUUUAAAGUCCAUCUCCAAGUGCUCAAAUCUAUCUGUUCUGAAACUUGGAAUCUGCUUGAACAUAACUGAUGUGGGACUCAGUUAUAUCGGCGAUCGUUGUUCAAAGCUUGUGGAAAUUGACUUGUACAGGUCCAUGGACAUCACAGAUUCAGGCAUCACAGCAAUUGCUCGUGGUUGUCCCAGUCUAGAAAUGAUCAACAUAUCGUACUGCCAACGCAUCACGGAUGCUUCUUUGAUUUCAAUAUCAAAGUGUGCAAAAUUAAGCACAUUAGAAUGCCGAGGUUGUCCUCUUAUGACAUCUCUUGGCAUAGCAGCUAUUGCAGUUGGAUGUAAGCACCUCACUAAGUUGGAUAUAAAGAAGUGCUACAACAUUAACGAUUUUGGAGUCUUACCUCUCGCUCACUUUUCUCAGAAUCUUAAGGAGAUCAACAUGUCAUGUACUUCCAUAACGGAUGUCGGCUUGUUGUCCCUAUCUAGCAUAAGCUGUCUUCAGAGCAUGACAAUUUUGCACUUGAAAGGCUUGAGCCCAAGAGGUCUAGCAUCAGCCCUACUGGCUUGUGGAGGGUUGACAAAAGUCAAGCUUCAUUCUUCGUUCAAAACCUUGCUUCCACAGCCACUUUUUGAACAUCUUGAAGCCCGUGGUUGUGUAUUCCAAUGGAGAGAGAAGAUGUUUCAGGAUGAGUUAGAAGACUCCAAGUCUUGGAAACUGCAAGUAGCAGAAAUGAACAAUGACUCCUGAAAGUGAAACUCUUCUGUUUUUCGGCUUUUGUAGGUACAUGUAUUUUAUGUUAUAUUUUGUAUUAAAAAUAAAUCCCUAUGUAUAUUACAAUAAUGAAUUUAAGUUAUUAGCAUCGUUGGGAUAAAUAAAAUUUUAAUAAAUUGUACAUGGCAAAAGAAA